UUCUAGCAGCUCUACAAGGAACCGUAUCCAUCCACAACCUCACAUUGAUAGGUGGCCUAUUAUCUUUUACGGGAUUCGUACUGUCCGCAUUCGCUCCUAAUAUUCAAGCACUGUCUUUAACCAUGGGGGUCAUUUACGGUAUCGGCUGCGGAAUCAUGGUGAUUAUGCUGUCUGUUUACAAUGCCACGUACUUCAUGAAGUAUCGAGGAGUGGCCACUGGUUGCAAGUUCGUAGGCUGGUCCCUUUCGGGUUUAGUGUUUCCUCCUAUACUGACCGUCCUCUUCAAUACUUACGGCUUCCAAGGUGGCAUGCUGCUGUUCGGCGGAAUUGUUAUGAACGUCAUGGUCUUCGUUAUGCUGCUAAGAAAUCCGAGACCCAUUCACUGUUGCACAACUGGCAAGAAGAAAGCAAGCCGGCAGCAGAUACCUUCGGUGGUAGGUUCUGACGUGUUCCGACACACUUCGUUCUUUCAGCAGAAAUCUAAGGACAGAGGUUGACGAGCUGAUGGAGAUUCUAAAUAAUAAAAAGUGGUCAAAUAAGGGAUA